CCUUCCUCAGACCCCAGCACCGCUUUGGACCGGCUGGCUGGCUGCCCAACCGACGGACUGACUGACGUACCUCCCGCUUUCCCGCCCCCGCCUCAUUUUUCCCUCGGUUCUCCUGGGCUCGCGGGCCAGGCGCCUGUGUCUCCCCGCCCCUCGCCUCGGCCCUUUCCUUUCCCAGCACCUCGGCUGGCGGCGGCGGCGGCGGCGGCGGCGGGAGGCGUCGGCCUCGAGGAUGAAGUGUAAGCCGAACCAGACGCGGACCUACGACCCAGAGGGGUUCAAGAAGCGGGCGGCGUGCCUAUGCUUCCGGAGCGAGCAGGAGGACGAGGUUCUGUUAGUGAGUAGCAGUCGGUACCCGGACCGCUGGAUCGUGCCGGGCGGUGGCAUGGAGCCCGAGGAGGAGCCGGAUGGUGCAGCAGUCCGAGAGGUGUACGAAGAGGCGGGAGUCAGGGGGAAGUUAGGCCGGCUCCUGGGCAUAUUCGAACAGAACCAAGAUCGCAAGCACAGAACGUACGUGUAUGUACUGACGGUUACAGAGAUCCUGGAGGAUUGGGAAGAUUCAGUUAGUAUUGGGAGGAAGCGAGAGUGGUUCAAAAUCGAAGAUGCAAUCAAGGUUCUCCAGUGCCACAAGCCCGUGCAUGCCGAGUAUCUGGAAAAACUAAAGCUGGGCGGUUCCCCAGCCAAUGGAAACUCCAUGGCCCCGUCCCUGCCAGAUAGCAAUCCCUAAUGAACGGCAAAGAUGUUCAGGUUUGCUUUGAAAGAAUCAUUGAUGUGAACUCACUGUUCAAUGGAAUUGUCAAGUACAGGUGAGCAUUUCCAUGUCCCCAAGGAGAUAGCUCGCCUGGUUUUCCUCCUACAUCUUGAGACAGUUCUUCCCUGACUAUUCCACUGACACUUUUGCCCUGGUUGUUGUACUAUUGUACGCGAAAAGACUUAAUUCAGCACCUGUAGCCUUUGUUGUGUUUUAAUGAUGUGUCUGCCUUCUCCAUUAGACUAUGAUAUCCUUGAGAGUAAGGACUAUGUUUCCUAACCUUGUGAGUAUCCUGCACCUGAGAUACUACUUGAAAUGUGGUUGGCAUCACUGUAGGUUCUUUGAUUCAAUUAAUAUUUUGUAAUCACUGUGUGGGAAAACAAUCCCCUUCCAAUCUGGUGCUAGUAGAGUAUAUGCUGUCUAGGCACCAUGUGUGUGGCUUUUGUGUAUCAGGUGUUUCAGAAACAUUUCAAGACAGUUGUCAGAUGUCUGAGGACAAUAAUUAUUAUUCAUAUUUCUAUGUCAUACCCCAUGGUAGAUAGCACAGUUUAAGAUUAAUCCAUGACUUAGGAUUGCAUAACAACCUUAGUGUUUUUAUACUAUUGUUAAUUUGCUUAAAAUUUUAUUCAAAAUACAUCACUUGCUAUAAAGGUAACUGUAAAAAUGAAUACAGUGAACACAAGAUAAUAUUAUGAGUUUUUAUAAAAAUAAAUUUUAAACUAUAUACAAAUAAUAAAACUUAAAUUUUGCAAUGCCCUAACCACUUCUCACAUGUUAUCUUAACAUCUCUUUGAAGAAAACAUUGUUUUUUCUCAUUUUAUACAUUCUGGAUACUGUAUUAUUUGAUGCCAGAACUGAUAAAGACCGCAGCAUAGGCAGUUUUCAAGUUAAUUAUGCCAUUUAGUUUUCCUGGGUUUCUUUUGCUUCUCUUACUGAUUCAUUUGACCACAAUUUUGAUCCCCUUUUCUAAUACACUAAGCUAGCUACUCAUCCCACUUGGUAGUUCUCCAUGUAAGAAUGCAAAGGGCUGAGACAGAGCUAAAUUGUUGUCACUUGGAAAAAGCAUAGGGAAGGAAGCUGUUAUGAGUGGGGAACAGAAAAUGAAGGAUUUAAAAGAGAAUUUGGGUCAGCUGCCUCCAAGAGAUGUCUUUAAGAAACUGACAACCAUGUUUAAUGGAAAUUUUAUAGAACUUUUUUAUGGGGUGUGUGAUGACAGCACUCUUUCCUCGCUUCCUCCAAAGCCCCUAGAAUGGCUUUAAUAUGAUAGUUUUUUUAAUAAAAAGCAGCUACCACAGAAAAAGUGUGUGCUUCAUUUUAGUGUUGUACCCAUCCCCAUGGUACCAGUGAAAUGCAUUGAUUGUGUCCCAAAAUCUUUCAGAAUUUGAAAAAAAAUCUUCCCAAAUUAUUGUUGUAUUUUUUUUUAGUUGUGGUAUGGUGUUGUAGUUGUUUUUAAAAAUUCCUUAUCUUUUAGAGAAAUGUACUGAAAAACUGUCAGAUGAAAUGCUGCUGUUAUUUGCUUUGAAAUAUUCUGAGGGUACGGCAGGUGGGAGCAUAGAUGAAACAAGAUUGGGUAUGAAUUGAUAAUUGUUAAAUCUGUGUGAUGGAUAUU